AUGAGUUACGAAAAAAGAAGUAAUGAACAAAUUGAACAAACGGUGAUAAAGAGACCUCGAGUUGGAACCAGUUCAAGUUCUCUAUACUUGGAUACGAUAAAUCGUCAUAUGUUAGAUUUUGAUUUCGAAAAAGUAUGUUCGGUUUCUUUAUCAAAUUUAAAUGUAUAUGCAUGCUUGGUAUGCGGGAAGUAUUUUCAAGGUCGUGGACGUAGUUCACAUGCUUAUUUUCAUAGUUUGCAUGAAGACCAUCAUGUUUUUAUUCAUUUACACGAACUUACGGUAUAUGUCUUACCUGAUGGAUAUGAAGUUAAAGAUUCUUCUUUAGAUGACAUCAGGGUAAAACAAGUUGCUCGAUUGGAUCAGAAUAUAAAACAUUCAUAUGAUUUAAAUAAUAAAAAAUAUUUACCAGGAUUUGUAGAUUAUUUCAUUUUACAAAAUUUUGAUAAAAAGUCACAAUUAGUACAACGAUUUAGUACUUUGGUUCGAAAAAUUUGGAAUCCCAGAGCUUUUAAAGGACAAGUCAGUCCUCAUGAAUUACUGCAAGAAAUUUCCAAUGCUAGUAAUAAAGUAUUUAAACUUGCGGAACAAAGUGAUCCAAUAGAAUUUUUGUGUUGGUUUUUAAAUUCUUUACAUAAAGAUUUGGGUGGGACUAAAAAAAGAAAUAGCAGUAUAAUUCAUAAUAUAUUUCAAGGAGAGGUUAAAGUUGAAUCUCAACCAUUAAUCGUCAAAUCAGAUGCUGAUGAAAAAGAUCGAUUGUUGUUUGAUCUUAAUCGAGAAAUCGAGACAAUCCGAACACCAUUUCUUUUAUUGAGCUUGGAUUUACCUCCACCUCCAUUAUUCAAAGAUGAAGUUGAAAAAAAUAUUAUUCCACAAAUUGCUUUAACCACAAUACUUGCAAAAUAUGAUGGUCGUACUCCUCAGGAAUCAGCGGGUACCUUAAAAAGAUCACAAUUAAUUCGGUUACCAAAUUAUCUUAUCUUUCAUAUCAAACGAUUUACUAAAAAUAAUUGGGCCGAAGAGAAAAAUCCUACAAUUGUUAAUUUUCCUAUUAAGAAUUUGGACAUGAGAGAUUACAUAGAGAAUGUAGAUGAAGAAAAGCUCAGUACUCAUUAUGAUCUUAUUGCGAAUGUUUGUCAUGAAGGUAAACCGGGUAAAGGGAAAGGGAUUUAUAAAGUACAUAUUCAACAUCGUGGUUCUAAAGACCAAUGGUUUCAAAUUCAAGAUUUGAUUGUUGAGGAAAUUAAUGCUCAUAUGAUAUUUUUAUCUGAAAGCUAUAUUCAAAUUUGGGAAAGAAAACAACAAAAUAUGAAAAUGGAAAUAGAUUAA